AUGAUGGAAACAUACCAGGCGUGCGUGGAGCAAGACCAGCUGGCGUUUGCUGGCUGGCAUGUGCGGGCCCUCUCAAGCGCGAUGUUUGAUGCGGCGCGAGAAGUGGACAGACAUGAGAAGGACUGGCGACAGGCCUUCCUCAAGCGCCAGAGCAACAGGGGUGUGCGAAGGACAGAGGCUCUGGGCAAGCUCGCAAAUCAUAGAUCGCAGCUGGAGAAGGCAGCCUUGGCGUCCGCUGCACGCAAGGCUGGCUGGGAGAAAGGAGUCGAGUACUUCCGCGCCGUUGUGAAGGAGUGCCAGAGUGCAGUUGCAGCAACAUCUGCUGGGCUCGACGAGACCAUGGAUGUUUCGCACGCACAAGCUGGCAAACUGCUCAUCAAAGCCCUCGCCCUGAGAGCGGUGUACAGCAAGUUACUCGAGGGGGUGUCGAGGCGAGAAGCCUUCGAGGCGUCGGCCGAGUUUGUCGAGAUGUCGGAGGGCACCAUCAAGCAGUGGGAGCUCGAGUACCGAACCAAGGGUCAUAUCGUGUCGUAGUCUGGCUGAGGGGUCACCCUGAACCAUGGUCGUAGCUGGACGAACCCCUUGGGAAACAUUUGCCCAACGUCCGACGAUGACACCUGGGAUAACGGGCAGUACGUGAUUUGAGACUCGAUACGGACCGUCGACACGUCUCACUGGUAUGGGUGCCGUUGAACUUGACAGUUUUUUUGUCUUUGUCCCGGUACCAUGUGUCAACCACUACAAUAGCGGGAACCGUUUCCGCCCA